AUGCAGCUGCAGAUGUGUGAUGAUUCUUGGCACUGCAAGGAGUCCAGCGGAAGUUGUACCGGCUAUCGAAAAACAAAUGUGACAGAUUCAUGCAGCGGAACAUUGCAGAUACAUGAGGCUUCCCAAGCCACGUGUGGACUGAAGGAAAAAUGUCCUCCCUCUCAGGAUGGUUUGCGGAAGACGAAGGAGCGGACAGCGCUGAGCGACUACUCCUUCUGUGGCAAUGCGGCGAAGCUUGCCACGAUCUACCUGCCGCCUCCGCCAGUCCGUGCAUUGGUAGAUGCGCACUUCGACGCUGCGAUGGAGGCAGUGGUCUCUCAGCCACUCCAGUGGUCGCUGUGCUCAUGCCAGCGGGCGCCUCGGGUGCGACUUCUUCAGACGUGGCUGAAGUCUGAAUCUUGCCCUGAGGCCUGA